AUGGUUCUGCGGAGACUUCUCUUCACUCUGCUCAACAACCCGCAGGUCAUCGAGAAACUCUCCGAGUCUCGGCCUAUACGGAGAGCCGCACAGAUCACCGCCUUCGUCGUCACCAAGGCUCAGCUGAGCGGCCAGGACGCGGCCCGGCGAAUCCUCCGCUCCGACACCGUCCAACAGACCCGCCGGGAGGCCGGCACAGCCAGGGACGUGUGGGAGGUGGGCCGCAAGAUGGACAGGAUUAAGGAAACUUUCGUCAAGGAGAUACGGACAGGGAUGCAGGAUGCCAAGAACCAGAUCAAAAGAGGGGGCGGAAAAUGAACAGCCUGACUGCUCAACUACAACCCUCACAGCACUAGGCAGCCUAUACUUUAUACACACUCGGGGCAACGGGUUAACUUGCCUUCCUUAGCACCAAAGCAAUGUCCAGCUCCACUCUUCUCUCAUUGGCAGCAGUGACCCUUAGCAACCAGUCAAUGAGUCGCUUUGCAAGAAGAACAUUGAAACAAACCUUUGAUUGGUUGUCACGGAUUAAUCACAGGCCAGGUUCACAUUCAGUCAUGUCUGUUUCUUAUUAUUAUAGGAAUAUACUUCAAUGAGUCCUGUCUGGGCUACUAAUACAACCUUGCGACCAGCUGGCAAAUAAUGCUGAAAUAUAACUGCCAUGUGCCUUUUAGAGAACAAAUAAAUGUGUACCUUUGUGUUUAAAAGCAA